CAGUGUACUGUGAAACAUUUUCAUCUUCUACGUAGAUUAUAGAUACACCUGCGUCCUCAAUAAUCCCAACAACGAAUAUAGAGCUUUCACCUACGUGAAAGAUACGACCAUCUCCACACGUCCUAUUCUCAACAUGGUCCCAUGAUAUUCGGUUGUGAAGUUGGACGCCAGGCUGAAACAGUUUAAACAAAACGUAAAUGGUUGGCAGCGUGUUGGUGGUAUAUUUCAAAAUAAACUUUUGUGUAUUUUCAUUGUUAACAUCAAUAUCAUAUCCGCAUAAGUGCAAUCAAGCUAUUUCCGAAUGAAAUACAUUUGAAAAACUAAAAAUAUUCCAUGCCCACUGAGGUCAUUACGUGCACCUCACAUUAAUAUCAGGACCUAAAAAGUCGUUGGAAUCGCACCGACUUGAUAAGAUAAGAAUAUCUAAUAGUAUAUAAACAGCUGUUAAUGGACUUUGGUACCAUUUACACGUUCAGCUGAACCUGCUGCUAUGAUUGUGAGGGAAUUCUUUUACUAUAUUUUCUGCGUAGCCGGAAUCGCCGUGCCUUGUAUUGCUCAGCCAACUAAGGCAGACUUAUUGAUAACAGCUGAACUUUCACUGUAUGAUGUUCGCGACCUGCAGGUCCCCAAAACAAAGCAUGCGUUCCCACCGUUCCAAUGGGACGAAGAGCAGGGCAUAUGGCCGAGUGACGUCAAGAUGAAUUUCCAUGGUGACCCUGAUUAUGCGCUUUUCAGACAAAUUUUCGGCAUCUUCGACAAUAAUAUGUUCGCGACAACAUACAUCACCGCAUGUUUGGCUGAGGCGAGACGAUGUUUGGACAAGCCGUGGUAUAAUAACACGGCUGAUAUGCUGACGAAUGGUAUCAAUGCCAUCAAACGUCAUCAUGAUUUGAAUGUGAACUAUACCAAUUCUUUAAUGACCUUCUGGCCUCAGACGUACAACGACGACACCAAGGCUUAUAACAGCUACCCUGUGAAUCUCAAUGACGCUAUCAAGUUGACAGAGAACUUGCCUCUAAAUGCAACCUACGCUUUCUUCGAAAGACUUGGACUCAAGAAUGUGGACAAAAUCGUCCACGAGCUCAUGAGUAUAAGAGGCGUCUACACGCUGGCGUUCCACAUUCCUCCGGAUUUCGAUGACACAUUCCUCAACAUCGGCCUGGGUUCGAUCCUUGCCGAAAUGCCACAAGAGUAUCCUGAGGCAUUCAAGCUAUGGUUGUCCCACAACACCAACCUCACCUCCGUGUUCGACGCUCUCAAGUACUACGCUUACAGACCGUUUUCCGGAAACCAGCGUGUCAACACUAUAGACCCCAGGAGCUACUACUUCCUCAGGGCGUGGUUAGAGCAGGAGAAGGCUGCCGGACGCGAUGUCGCUCUUGUGCCGACAUGGGUGCAGGACACUGACGAGGUACGCACCUGGUACGACAAGGGAGUCAUGAUGCCGUUCAACGUCAACAACAUUGACGUCACUGUGUGUGCUAACUUCCUGUUUGGCGUCACGAAUGGAAUCAUUAAUGGCCUCUUCGAACCAUCGAUAUUAGAUGACCCUGACAUAAUGAACAUCUACAACGACACCGCCAGGAUGAUCGCUUUCCAAGUCCAGACCAACUUCUCUGACCGAGCAGACCUGGCGUUGACGUACUACCCCUCUGUCAUUGAGUUCUACUGGUUUGUGGCCAGAACGUACAACAAACUCCAGGAAACCCUGGACAGGACGGGGUCGCUGCCUCAUAAGGGCAUGAACCAGGUUCUGGCGGACUUUAAGGACGUGUUGAGAAGGUAUGCAAGUCCCCGGAUCCUAGCCCUGGGAACACCGUCCUCGAUGUAUAACCUAUCCACUCUAUACUUCGACGACUUCCUCGGUGAUGCGGAUACAGACUACGACAACAAACCUGACCCCGAUCCUGAAGAUCGUAUAUUCACCACGUCGAUGGCCUUGACAGCUCUGCUGACCAUCUGGACGACGCAAGACCAGCACACAGGGAACAUGAUCUGGGAUCCAGAUACUCCUGUGGAUGUCAAGAGGGCUGCCAACCUGACGGUCACGUGGAUGUACUACAACAUCAACGGGAUGCAACCUCUGUUGCCAUGGAACGCUGUAUUCUCGGGAUCAUUCAAAGGCUCCACAACAGUCGGAUUCGAUUACCCAUUAAACAGACUUGAGUUAUUCAAUGGGACGAAAAUAAAUAGGACAGAGAUUCGCAACGAGAAGUUUAUCCAAGGAGUAGAAGGGUUCAUCCCCGAGGACGAGUACAAAGAAAUGGUGGAGAAACUUCACACCCCAACCGUCUUCCACGGCUACAACAACAACGGAGAAUUCUUCCCCUUCUGGUCAUCUGAAGCCUACACCUACGUCAUCGGGUUGCUUGGAUUUGGGAAAUACAUUGGGACUAUGUAAUCGUGAUUGAAUACCAAUAAAUCCACAUGUUGUA